GCGGGAGGCCCGGAGUGGCGCCGCGAAUGGCCGGAGGACAAGAAGCGGUGGUGCUGCAGCCACACGGCCAUCCCCUUCGAGGAGCUCGACCUCGACAAGGACGGGUCCGUGGUCGCCGCGGAGCUCGUCGCUGCGGCCGCCACGAGGGACGUGGCCGCGACGAUGCAGCAGCUCGACCUGGAUGCCGACGGGGCCGUGACCCAGGAGGAGUUCGUGUGGCCCGGGUGCGACGCGCCAGCCGAGGCGUUCGACUGUGGCGGGCCCAGGUGUCCUUAG